AUGGCGGAGUUCCGAGCAGGUCGUCAUUGCACAGGCAUUAGCCGCAAGGGUUCGAUGUUUGUUCUCUGCAUAAGUGGCGAACUUGGCCUGUAUCGCUGGGAGCGACCAUCCGCAGAGUACGGCAAGCGUCGGGCUUCUGUUGAGAAGUGGGAUUACGAUGUCGAUAUGUCAGCGUUCCGUAAUACUGGAAAGACCACUCUGGAAACACGCAAAACCUGGUGCAUGACCACAGAGACGGAUUUCCUCAACCAGAUUAUCAACGAUCGAUACAAGAAGGCAUUUGAGUCUAUCAACGCACCGGGCCACAAGGAUCUCAUGUCCAAGGAUGUCAAAGAUUGGAUCAAAGGACGAGCCUACGACUUCCCAGUUCAUUACGAUCCUCGAGAGGAGUUCUGCGCCAGAGAAUAUGAGAACCGGGCUCUCAACGACCUGGCAGAGGUUGCGCGACGGUCCAAGGUCUUUGUGCUGCCAGAACUGUGGGACAUCAAGCGCACGUUCUAUUUCGACAUCGAAGAUCUAGACCAGAAGAGAGAGCAGCGCCCUAGAAAGCUGCAGAUGGAGGCAGAGGAGCGGGACAGAGUGUUUGGGGAGGAGCAGGAGGAGUGUAAUCGAUGGUGGCAGGACUAUCAUGAGAGGAAAGAUGCCGAGGAGAGAGCCGCGAGGCUGGCAGCAUGGGAAGAGCACCAUGCUCACCGGCGAAGUUCUCGUUCGGCUCGACGUAGUCGGCGACACUGGGCUUGGGUUGCAAGAAGAUCGUGGGAGAACGGACUACAACAUAGCUACCCAGAGAUAGAUGGAGAAUAA